AUGAGUAUUUAUACAAGAUUAAUAUCAGAGACAGUUAUUCCAAUGUCAGUUAUACAUAGACCAAUCCCAUCAGUAUUGGAUGAAUCAAAAGUAAAAAGUUUAAUGGCAACCAUAGAAACAGAGGGUGAUAAUCCAGACCUCGUGCCACCAAUCGAUGUAAAGUGGAUAGUAGGUCGUGAUCCACAGAAUAAUUAUUACUUUGCAUUUGGAGGUUGUCAUAGAUUUGAAGCUCACAAACGGUUAGGAUUACCAACAAUAAGGGCUAGAAUAGUAAAAUCAACUAGAGAAGAAAUUAAGGUUUACCUAGGUUCUUCAACACCAGAUUUUCCAUAA